UCGUUAAGAUUUCGUUCCAAUAAAUGUAUAUAAAGUAUUGUUGUGUUGUUGUCAUCAUAUAUACAGUGAACACUGCGUGGCAAUGACGUUUCGUUCAAUCCAAGACUAACAUACGGUGUGCACAUUUUCGCGCAGUAUUUAUUACGUCGAAAAAGAAAACAAAAACUUUUUUCUCAUGUUGACAUUUAGUCAAACAAGUUUAAUACACUCUCGAUUGUGACUUUCUUUCGAUUUCGUUUAUUUUUUUGCUUUUUUUUCGUUGAACAACCGACAUUCAGCGAUGUUUUCAAUGUCAUUUCUUUUCGUAUUGUUAUACAGCUGUUACUAGUUUAACUUACUUAGUGUGUUGAGCUUAUGUGGCGGACAUAACUGCAACUGUCCAAAAAAUCAAAAUAAUUUUCAAAUAAAGUGAUCAAUUGAAGAAAUUAAUGUUUGUGUUUGAUAAAAAUGCGCAAAUUGACAAGUUGAGUUGAAAUAAACGGUUUACAGAGCAGUAAAGGGACUUUGAUAAACGAUGGCGUUUGCCAGCGAUGGCAUAAACACUUUCAAUUAACGAUAAAAUAUUUACAAAAAAAAUUCAUACAAAUUGUGAUUCGAUACUAAAGCAUUAGAUCUACUUGAGUUUUUUCUUUUCAACAAAAAUACGCCUUUGUGAUGCUAUUCAAUUUUGCAAUCAUUUUUUCUAGCAUGAAAGUCAUUUUUUCGAAACGCAAAAUGAAACAUUUUUUUAUUUUUGGCGUUAUCAUUAUUUUAGUUUUUUGUUUAUAUAAGUCACUCAUGAGUGAGGAACUUAUCUAUAGUUUUGAUUCGAAUAAAUACUCGUCUUUGAUAACAAGUAAGCAACAAAAACACGCCAUGCGUAGCCUUCAUCCAAACAUUGAAGUUGACGGUGAACUUAAAUCUAGCUAUAAUGAAUUGACCGAUGCCCGCCAUAGACUGCGCCAACUCGAAAUGAAGAUUCAAAUGCUGGAAAAUCGGAUGGGAAAACGGCAAGGUUUGCUCACUUAAAAAUUACUAUUCCAUUACAGACCCAUUACCAUCCCAUUUCUAUUCCCAUUCUUUCAAAUAUUGUCCUAAAUUGAAUUUCAUUUAAAAUCAAAUAACAUAAAAUAGAAUUUAAGAAAGUCAAAUUAUAAUAUGGUUUGUAUGGUUUGUAUGGUGUGUGGCACACAAACAAACACAAAAAAAUUGCGCUGAUUCAGCAAACACACAGAUUGUUGAAAAAUUGAGAUUUGGUAGUAGUGUUGGUAAUACAAUGCAUCAAUCGCAUCGGAACCAAUCGGAACAACGAUGACGAGAACGACAACAACGCCGAGACGACAUACGACAAUAGUAGGAAUGAGCAAUCAACAUGAAAAACAAUGUCAAUAUGCAUGGCCCAAGUCACAUCAGAAAAUAUUUUUUGCGUAAAAAUAUUGUGGAAGAGGAAGUCGAUGUGUUGAUGGAAUAUUUGAUUGAUGAGCGUUCGGAAAUCGAGUUGAAUGGUAAUAUUCGUGGACAUCUGGACGACUAUUACAACGAAUUGCGUCCAUUAUUACCACUGGACCGUAUCGAGCAGUACGAAAUUGAUCCAGAGGACGACGAUCAUGUCAUUCCACGUGGAUGGUUGAACACAAUGACAGACGAAAAGAUAUACUAUAAACACGUCUAUGAAUUGAUAAAUUUGCAGCGAUUUAUUCACCAACACAAUUUAAAUCCGGAAAAUGAAGUCAAAUGGAGAACAUUUCGUGCCAUUCCGCAACCAAAGAACAAGCGAAAACAUGUGCGAUUCCAUACGCAAGGUUUUGUUGAAAUCACAAACCUACUGCAUUCAUAUAGAAGUGCUGAAAUUGUGAAUAAAAAUCGCAUACCACAUUGGAGCGACGACGAUUACGAUACAUUUUGGGACAAAUAUGUCAAUUUAAAGAAAAUAAAUCGAGGGAAUCAAAUAUUCGCUAAUUCUUUUACUACCGAUGGUGUAACAGUAUGCGUUCGAAUGAUUCGUCGAAAACGUGAUCCACUUGUAUCGGGUGUACCGGACCAAACAAAGAGCAAAAGCAAAAGCAAAAGCAAAAGCAAAAGCAAAAUGGGCAAGAAAGGCCAAACGUAUAACAGAGCACCGCCACAAUGUCCAGCUGCUAUUCGAGCUGCAUUUGAUGCUGGCCAAAUAAAAAAGAUUAUCGGUGAUGAUCCGGGUGCCAAAGUGUCAAGAUCAACAACAAGCCGUGAUUUGGACACCACACUCGAAGAGAGCUACAAAGUUACGGCUAAAAAGUGGCACGGUAUGUCUAGUGCACGUAGGCGAAAGCAUAAAUUGCGCAAAUACACGGGCAAAUGGGAAAACGAAUGCCGAGAUAUUCUGUUAGAUGUAUCGGACGUACCAAAAGGCCGCGAGGAGUUGAUAACGCAAUACAAAAAUAUAAGUUUACGAGUAAUUGACGACACGAUAGAAUGUUUUAUGGAAAUUAAUGAUUUGGCUGUCCGUAACAAUCUUAUGAUUGACCGAUUGAAAAUGUUGGGAGCUACUAGUUUUGUUUUGAACGCAACAUACGUGGAAAAAAAACAAAAAGAUUUUGCGAAUAAAAUAGGUCAAGAAAACUAUGAAUUUCUCCGUGAAGAUUAUAACGAAUGCCUGGAGCUACUUGAAACGGAUCUAUCCAAAAAACUGACACCAGAUAUUGUUUCCCGUAUUAUGAGUUUUCAUCGUAUGAUAUAUGGAAACCGAACAGAAAUUGAAACUGCAUUGAAAUAUCUGUAUGGCCCUUAACUCAUCAACGGCUGCAACGAAAACUUCUGUAAAUGUUAAAAAAAUUCAAAUAUGUUAUAAUGAAAAGAGUUGAAAAGAAAAUAAUAAUAAAUUGAAGUGGUACAGUAAUAAAAAAUGAAA